UCUCUCCGGGUGAAAGCUGUCUUCCCAUCGCCACUAGCCCCGACUAAACACUGCUGUAGCAGAGCUAGUCUGAACCGACCUGAGCUGAGGCAGUCACACAGGAGAGAGCACCUAUACACAGAGGAAAGCGGUUGUUUUCCCCCUUUGUUUCGUCAAGACUUUGAUUUGCAUAUCCACUCCCACUCCUUCCUCCUCAUUUGCAUACAGCAAGAAUGGCGAGCGGGCAUCCCACAGACAAAUUCAGUUUCAUGUAUCAACCAGACACGCACAAGAGCAAGAACAGAUUAUCUUCAACGAUGAAUCCAGUCUACAGCCCUGUGCAGCCUGGCACCCCAUACGGAAACCACAAGAAUAUGACCUUCACAGGCUACCCAGGAGGCUAUCCUACCACAGCUCCCACCUAUACACCCAACCUCUAUCAAACGGGAAGUCCUGGGUAUCCACCAGGAUAUACUGCUGCAGGCACCCCGUACAAGGUGCCACCCACCCAGUCAAAUGGAGCACCUCCGCCCUACACCCCCACUGCCACCCCAUACCCGGCAGCUAUGUACCCCAUUCGCAGUGCCUAUCCGCAGCAGAACAUUUAUGCGCAGGGAGCAUACUACACCCAACCAGUGUAUGCGGCUCAGCCACAUGUGAUCCAUCACACCACUGUGGUGCAGCCUAACAGCAUCCCGUCCACAGCCCUCUAUCCUGCUCCUGUCCCUGUACCAGCCCCACGCAACAACGGCAUGGCUGCCAUGGGAAUGGUCGCUGGGACGACUAUGGCUAUGAGCGCAGGGACCCUGCUGACAGCACCCCAGCACCCACCGAUUGGAGCUCACCCAGUUACUGUGCCAACCUACAGGCCACAAGGGACACCUGGGUACAGCUACGUACCCCCCCACUGGUAGAGCCAACCCACCAUAUCUGGAGUCCACCAUCGUAUGCAACUGCUCAAAUCUCACACGGGCUCUCGCUGGUAACCAUGGGAACUCGGCACCUGUCUGAACAAAACUAAAGUGCAACAGCCACUUUAUUAUGUUUUCUUUUUUUUUUUUUUCUUUUUUUUAGUUUUUUUAUAUUAUGCCACAUUCUCUUAACAAUAUUACAAACGCUGCUUUGGUUUUUAUUUUUUAUUAUUAUUUUUUCAGUUCAUUUGCCAAACAGUCAUUACUUUAUUUUAUAGGGUUGGGUUUUUUAUUUUAUUUCCUAUUUCCUUCUUCGCUGCGUCUGUUAUUGGAACUCCAGAAGGACUCUUGACCAGUCAUAGGUGUCAAGGUGUCUCCUGUCUCUCUGUGUGUGUGUGCGUGCAUGUUUGUGUGUGUGUAUAUCCUGCCUGCUGUUGCUCAGUUGGCUGGAAAAUAUUGGGCACUUACUCCUCGUUAUCAUUUCCAUCAUCCACUACAAAGACUUACUGACUUAUGCUGCCAAACUUUUUAACAACUAGAUAUCAGCACAGGGUUUGAACAUAAUGAAGCUUGUUUUCGGGAGGGGGGUAUUUAACCUUUUUUUGUUUUGUUUGGUUUUUUUUUUACCACAUUCAAUCAUAUCGCGUUUGUAUUUUCGCCUCCUUGGUUCUUCCUUAAUCUUCAUCUAUUUCUCACCUGGUUUGUUUCACUUCCUGCCAAACCUCGAUCGUCUUCCAGCACAUGGCCACCAGUCUUGCAGUUAUUUUGUCCCCUCACCCUUGUCAUACGCGUCCCUGCCUCAACAUGCCGUGUCCCACUGCCUACUGGCUUUCAUUCACACUAAUGCAUGCACAACUUUAGCCCAGAGCCUAGCAUAUAGACUUUAGAUCUUGCUGCCUCCUUCACGCCACAUUCUAUGCAGUUUAGUUUUUUUUUUAGUUUUUUUUUUCACACGGUUGGCAUAAGUUGAUGCGUUUACUAAAAGAUUACACUAACAGACAAUUGCACGGGUAGUCAUGCACACUUUUACACAUGUUCAAAGCGAUAAAAACAUAACACACAGACACACACACUGCCUCCUACAGGGUGAUUUAAAAAACACAAUCACAUGGUAGCAGUUAAAGUUCAGCAUCAGUGAGCUCUGCUUUUAACUGACCAACACACAAACACACACAAUCACAUAAGGUUUGCACAAGGCAAAAUCAGACAGGAGUGAAGUGAGUUAAAGGGAAUGUGUUGGCGCCAGUGAUGGGAGCAGGACAAGACAAAUUGAGCAGUUGGUGAGGAAAGAGGAGGCGAUGACGACAUGUAAAGUCCGUGAUUUCAUUUCUAAGUACCAGGCAUUUGGGUUCCACAUCUUCAUCUGCAACAAACUGCACUCACACCUCUGCAAUUUUUUUUGUUUGCACUAAACAUAUCAUACAUCGAUUUUCUCACCUUAAACAAAACGCCGUCUCCUCCUCCUCCCUUUCUCCAGAGCAGGACUAAUAAUCAAACACGGUGCAAAGACAAACCCAGACUCUCGAGCACACAGUCAAUAAUGGACUGUCAUACAGACGAUGAAUGGUUCAGUCCUUCAUUUUGCUUCUUGGUGCCAUAAGAUCUCCUCUUAACCACACUGAAGCAGUAACACUACUUCAACACAGUCUAAUCCAGGAGUUUUUAAGCCAAAUUUUCGAACUGUUUUAAUAAUUUCUUAAGAUUUUCAUUGCCGAUGCAGCAGCUCGACUACAGGAGAAAUCUGUGUGGAGUGAAAGAGCAGCAGGAUUUUGAUCAGUAGCGAACCAUUAGACUUUUAGCAGUAUUGUGUGGGAAAAACAACCUCUUUUUACUGUGUUUUCAUCAACUUCAGUAUUCCUUUAUGUUUAGAUGGCAAACUUCAACAAUUAUAAUAACAGUAAUUAAGUAAUGACAUAAAAUGCAGUAGUUAACUCGUUAAGGCUAGGUUUUUCAGAGUAAAGUUCACACGUCUUACUCGGUCUUUGGUUAUUGGUCCACAACUGGGGGGGGGGGGGCAGAUGCAGAGUUUUCAUUGGUGGUAAAUAAAUAAAUAGACGAGGCCUGUGGCUUUAAAAAUAAGAGUUUCAAAUAUUAAUGAUCUAUAGAGUACAGGUUGGAAUAUCAAAAGGCAUUUACAGUGCUGGUAGGUAGAUGAAGUGGAUUGUUAUUGCAAUAAAAACAAGAGGGAUGCCUCUGGGCUGUUGAACACUUUUAUCAGCCUUUUGGAUUGAUUUUAAUUUUUUUUUUAAUUGCUAUUUGUUGUAAUCUCUUAAAUAUGGAUUGCAGGGCUUUUUAUACAGCCCACAAUAAUUAUUACAGUUAAUGCUAAGAAUAGUAGAACAUAUCAGAAAUCUUUGGGACGUGGGUAUUGAAUAACUUUGUGAUGAAAUAUUGCACAACAUAAGAGAACUUGAUGAUAACAAUUUAAUGCUAAGCAACAGGUACCUAGGCUUUGUAGUGCAAAGGGUGAGGAGGAAGCAGUUUAUAUUGUAAUUAAAAGUUAAAAAAAAUAUAUAAAAAAAAAAACCCAAUGUGGAGUGUUUUGAGGUAUUCUUAGUCCUGGUGUUUGUACACUAGUAGGUUAAUUCUCAAGAAAAUAUUGCAUAAUCUUGCUGUCGGAUGAAAGCCACAUAUCUUUGAGCCUUUUUUUUUUUUUCCUGUAUGACCCAGUAUUUUAGAGGGCACAGGGUGCGUGCUGUUGGAACAAAGGGUCAGGAAGUCGUCACCUCAUCUGGUGAAGAUGUGGGGAUGGAAAUGAAGUGUUUUUUCAUGCGACAGCAGUGAUGUGGCAUGUCAUUAGAAUUUAUUUAACCAACCACGUCUUCUGUCAGUAUUUUUAUUUUUUUUUGGACUUGUGUAUGCCCCAUUUUUUCCCCAUUUCCCCUCUGGUCGAUUAAACAUAAUGGGUAUGCAUAAUAUUCAGCUGUAUUUAACUAUAGCAUUGGAUCACUAUGUUUAAAAAAAAAACAGUAUAUUUAUACAGCAAGUGGUACAGUUAUGUAUUUCUAGCCCAGCAUGGUUGCAUCAAUGUGGCAGCUACUGUUUGUGCUUUUAACUGUUUUUUUUCUCUUUCCUGACUUUUCUCACAUUAUGGAACAAGGUCUGUAAAUACAGCGGGAAUAUGCAGAACACCCUGGCAAAAAAAUAUUUCGACACAAACCAACUUUUCAAGGAAACAGUUUUUAAAGGUGGACUAACAGAAAAUGAAGAACGGCCUUUUUUCCACCUAUACAAUUAUUUGUCUGUUUUUAAAAGAAAUUGAUUCUCUUCCAUACCACUGCAGCGUAAGUACCAUUGAUGAUAAACAUACCGUAGUUUGAGAACCACUGGUCUUCAUGGUUUUGACCUGUUGCAAAAAGUCCAGGCCUGACUGCUCUGUGUUCACAGAUUUCAAACUCCCACAUUUACAGACCUUGUGAGGCGUGUGGUUUAAUAUAGAUGGAUGGCAUUAGUCUUGACUUGAGUGGAGAGAGGAAAGGAAAGUUCCCAUAAUGCUCUGGCCAUCUUUGUCCCGUGGAUGCAACGUCAAUAUAGAAAGAUGUCUUGAAAACCCUCCAUGCCCUCUGUUCUGUGCCAUAUUUCGCCAACUUAUUUGCUAAGACUUUGUUUUUUUGUUUCCCUCCCAGUACCUGGUGAACUCGAGUCUCUGUUCUGUCUAACUUCCUGUGACGGUGUUUGUUUAUCUGUUGCUGUCCUGGUGUAAUAUUUGACUGUUUCGCUCGUUUUAUAUUUCUCUUUGUGUCCUGUUAAUCCCUCUUUUACACUUUGUGCCACAGCUUUCUCUUAAGAGAACAUUUUCAUUUUGCCCUCUCUCCUCCCGCUCCAACCCUCUGCUCUGACUCUAUCUUCCUGUCAUUUAGCAUCACCAUGAACUUUGCAACUAACUACCAGUUACCCUAAACCAGGGGUGCCAAACUCAUUUUGAUUCAGGGGCCACAAUCAGCCUGAUUAGACGUCAAGUGGGCCGGACCAGUAACAUAAUUACCUGUAAAUAACAAUUCCACGUUUUCCCCCUUAGUUUCCAUGUUAAACAAAGUAGAAUUAUGUUGAAAAUAUUCAUAUGUAAUGAAAUAUUUCACAAA